AUGGAAUCUAGCGACGAUGACGACAAGUUUCUUUACGGCUCUGACGUUGAGGAAACCAGCGUCACGAACCAGGAGAGUGUGAAGAAGAGGCUACACAGCGCGGAGGAGGACGAUGACGCGUCAGACACUGUAAAGAGGGCGAAGACUGGUGCGGAUGAAUCUGAGGACAGCGAUUCGGCCACUUCUGAUGAGGAAAGCGACUAUGACGUGGAGUUCAUCAUCAGUUUGGGUCCGGAUAAGUCUAGACUGGAUGCUAACUCUAUCAAAACGCUCUCGGGGGGCACACAUCCACCUUCCGGAGAAGUAAUAAGUGUAGCUACAGAACAACCGGCAGCUAGUGAACCCACGAGCAUCGCAGCCGAUGGUGAGAAGGAGGAAAGUGCGGGGAAGAAGGGGGAUGGGAGAGAGGGCAGCAUGGACCAAACGCCGGGGAUCAAUGCGGGGACUUUGGACUUAGAUAAGGAUGGUCUUUUUGACGGACAGCCCAUAACAGAGAUCGAUCCGGAGGUGCUGAAGGAGAAACCUUGGAGACAACCAGGUGCCAACCUGUCAGAUUACUUCAAUUAUGGAUUCAACGAGUACACAUGGACGGAGUACCUGCAUAGACAGGAGAAACUGAAACAAGAAUAUAAUCCAAGGCAAAUUUUGAUGGGGCUCUUGAAUCUGCAACAACAGGGAAAACUCGAUAUUAAAACGAGAAUGGAUUCAAGGAAAAACGAUAUGGGUGGUGGUAUGGGCCAAAUAAAUAACGCACCCAUGAUGAAUCAACAGAACAUGCCACCCACAGGGUUUCCUCCUAUGCCAAUGUUUGGAGGGUUUCCACCUUUCCCCAUGCCAGGUAUGAUGCCUAUGAAUAUGCAACAAAAUGGCGCCAACCUUAAUAACACGAAAAACACAGAUACCAAUAAGAAGCCCUAA